AUCAUAACCCGCGUUGUUGGACUGUAGUCCCUCAGCAGUCAUGGUGGGAAUGAGCAUUCUAAGGUCUGCUGCUGCCUUUGCAGCCAGACUGAGUCUACCAAAAUCUGGCUGUACUGCUGCAAAUGUACUCACCCGAACUAUCCAACGAACAGAUAAAGUGGCUGUCCGUUGGGGUCAUGGAAAGAAAAUGUUUGUCAUCAAAGCCACUAGCUAUUAUGACAAGAGAUUUCUGCGCUUAUUGUAUUUUUACGCUCUGCUGACAGGUAUUCCAGUGGCUAUCCUUAUAACAGGCGUGAAUAUCUUCAUUGGUGAGGCAGAGCUGGCUGAAAUUCCUGAGGGCUACGAACCUGAGCACUGGGAGUACUACAAGCAUCCCAUUACCAGGUGGAUUGCACGGAACUUGUAUGAUUCCCCUGUGAAGGACUAUGAAAAGAUGAUGGCUGCAAUCCAGAUCGAAAAGGAAAAGGAAGACAUGAGACUCACACAGCUGGAGGUGCGUCGACAGAUGAGGCAGACCGGAGACGGCCCCUGGUUCCAUGUGCCCACCCUGAACAAGGAGCUUGUUGACAACAGCCCAAAGUCAUCACCUGACUAUUAAUGCAGAUGUUCUCGACACAUCUUGCUGAUCAAUCUGUUUGUAAAUGUUUUCCUUUAUUGCGUAAAUAAAGUAUCUAUGUACUCUAA